GUGAGGUGGGCGCGCACGGCUGGAGGUACGGGAGGCAUUGCGGUUGAAGACGCCGUCAAUACAGUAAUAGUAUUCUUUGGAGAAAAGGGGUGCCAGGAGGCAGCCUAGGACGAGGGUGGGAUGAUGAAGCCUCUGCAACGGUUCCUGGAAGGGUGGGCAGAAAAAACGUGUUUCUUUCAAGAUGGACACUGAAGAUUUCUCCUGUGGCACUGCAGCUCUUGUUACUGAGCCACAAUUUGCUCAACUGUUCAGGAAACAUUUGCAAAAUGAGAGGAUCCUAGAUAGACGUUACCGCAUGCAGAAGCUAACUGAUGGUCUGUUGGCGUUGCCUGUGCUGGGCGAAAACUUCACGGCACAGCACCUGCAGCAGUUGAAGGAAAAGAUCCCACCUGGGAGAACCUGUGCCUUGACCCGCAUCCAGAAUCCCAUUCCCUCAAAAGCAAGCAAGGUCCGAUCACCCAUCCAGAAACUGCGUGAUGGACUCCAAUAUCUGCUGUUGAGGCAGGGAGCUGCCUGGUCUGAAGAGUUGGAAAGAGACCUGCCACACUCCUGGGAGAGGCAUGGGGACCUUGUUCUCCUGAGCGAGGACUGCUUUAAAGCAGCGUUAUGGGAAGAGUUGGGGCCAAAUCUCUGGAAGGUGGUCGCUGGUGCUUUGGGGGCUCAGCGCUUAGCAAAACAUGGGCGCGUGCAAUCAGAUUUAUUUCGAUCCCCUACAGUGACUCUCUUGCUGGGGGAGGAUGGCUGGGUUGAACAUAUGGACAAUGGAAUCCGGUAUGUCUUCGAUGUAACCCAGUGCAUGCUAUCUCCAGGGAACAUCACCGAAAAGCUUCGCAUCGCCUCUCUGCAGUGCACUGGGGAAGUAGUGGUGGAUCUCUAUGCUGGGAUUGGCUAUUUCACCUUACCUUAUCUGGUUCAUGCUGGAGCUGCCUUUGUCCAUGCCUGUGAAUGGAAUCCCCAUGCCGUGGAAGCUCUGCAGAAGAACCUGCACUUGAAUGGUGUGCAGGAUCGGUGCCACGUUCACAUAGGAGAUAACAAGAAGCUGCAACUGCGGGACACAGCCGACAGGGUGAACCUGGGGUUGAUCCCCAGCUCGGAGGAAGGCUGGCCUGUAGCCUGUCGGGUUUUGCGGAAGGACCUUGGAGGCAUCCUUCAUAUCCACCAGAACGUGGAAUCAUUUCCAAUAAAGAUCCUUGCGCUGCCCCACCGUGUAGCCCGGCCUCCGUCUGUAGAGCAACUGACACAGCAAGCAAUGCCUGAAGGACAAGAGGAUAAAGUGGUCAAGAGAGACUCCAAUCUGUUCAAGGACGUUGCUGAUGGAGCCUUGACUUCUUCCACCCGGUGGGAGUGGCAGAGAUGGGCAGAGGCCACAGGGAUGCGGAUCAGGGCUUUGCUUCAGGAGCUGGAUGGGAAGCCAUGGAGGACAAAAAUCCUGCAUCUUGAGCAAGUAAAAUCGUAUGCUCCACACGUCCACCAUCUAGUCCUGGAUCUGGACUGCCGACCUCUUGGCACAUCAGAAGCAGACUCUCCUGCAGGAUCAGGCCUAGAACAGCAGCAUCUGUCUGUGGCAGCCAGCAGGGAAAUUGGGGAGACCAGCACAGGGAGCCUUUAAUAGGGUCAGGCUCCGUGUCCAGCUGACACUGACGAUGCUGCUAGGGAAAAUGGUCAUUUGUGAUCUCAGACUUAGUGCCUGCUAAUUAAGAUCAGGAAGGAAUCCAGAUACAUUGAAGGUGCUGGGCAGAACCAAACAGCGGGAAUGACUUCUGGGCACUUGGACAUUUUUAAGUAUAUGUUUUACAUUUAGAUCUCCAUCUUUAAAAAAUAAGAGAUUCUUUGUUGCCUUAGUUUCUUUCUCUCCCAACCCUUUUUUGUUUUACUAUUUGAUUUGUCAGAUAGCACUUUCUCAGCUUGCUAAUACUCUAAAGCAGUGGUCCCCCCACCUUGGGCCUCCAGAUGUUCUUGGACUACAACUCCCAGAAGC